CCCACAGCACCCAAUCUGCGUGCUGUGGGUCUCGUCUGCGGAGGAGAUGCUGGACUCCUACCGGGCGCGUCCGUAGGUGGCGGAUAACGGGAUCCUCUGGGCGACAUUCCCAGAGGUAUCGUCCGAUCUUUUUCGUUGCAAGGAUUCUUAGGUUUUAGGUCCUAGGUAUAGGGUUAGGUUUAGAUGUAGGUUAAGGUCCUAGGUUUAGGAUUAGGUUAAGGCUUAAGUUAGGAUAGUUUAGUUAGGCUUUGCAACGAAAGAGAUCGGAUGACGUGGACCAAACCAGCACUAGGAGGAGCGGAAGGACUGCGCCCUCCACACUCUUCAUUAAGUGAAGAGUGCUCCUUCUGGAGGGCGCACCUUUCGAAGGCACCGGUUCGUCGGUCUGCCGUGAGCGGUGGCACUCUGUGCCCGUUGUCGUGGAAGUGAGCCAGCAUUGCAUCUUCUGCUGGCCGCUGGUUGCCAUGUCCCCGGCUUCGGCUACAGGGGAACGCCCCCCAGAUAUGGGGGGUACCGGUUCGCCGGCGUGGCUUCGUGGUGCUCGCGAUGUGUCGCUUCGUCGAGCGCUGGGCGGUGGCCUGUCGUGUUGCUUUGUGCACUCGGUGGACCACCGGCCAAGCCCGUAAUCCUUUCAGUCAUGUUUUGGGGACCGGGGGUCCUUGCCUUAAUUGGCCGGGACCACGAGGAGACCACCUCUAUAAUAAAUCUCUAAUCCCAAGCGGCAGCGCACCGCGAGGGGAUGAGUGGCUGCAGGGAGUGCAGUCGAUAGUGCGACUUCCGUCGGAGUACCGGUCGACCCUCCGACGGGUUAUGCUAGACUUACCCGUGUACAGGGGUCUCUGCGCGGGUGGACUCUAUAUUUCCCCCAUACUCGUGGGAUAAAUUAUGUAUUGUUCUCCUAACCCAAAAAAAACUGAUGAAAGUGUGGGCGGCAACACGGGUCGCGAAAUAUCUACGGCACCGUUUAAGGUGCCAACCGUGGCAGCGAAAGCUGUAAGAUGCGAGAGCGCACUCUCGAUGCGGUCGGGAAGUGCUGCUUCCGUGAGGAGUAGCGCCUCGAGUGACCGAGGGUCGCUCUCGGUAGAUGAAAUGAAUAGUACGAUUGUAGGAGGAAGAGCACUCCGCAAACGUAAAACGGCUCCGCGAGCGGCGGCUUCCCGCCCUUCUGACUCCUCGGAGGGGGAACCCGCACCGCCCGCGAAAUUCCUCGCCUUAGAGGAAACCACGGCACCAGUCGGUGGUCGCCAGGUGGCAACGGACUCUGCCAGUGCAGAGGUCGAGCGACUCGUCCGCUCCCUCACCGAGGUGGGGUUCGAAGACUCCACAAAACUAUUUAGGGUCGCCUCGGAUAUUGUAUCCAGUGUAGCAGCCAAAUCGGGCAGGGGUUUUAAGGGCAUAUACCUGCAUGCUCUUAAGUGCUUGGCUGCCACCAUUGAAGACUACCUAAACAUAGUUACUCACAAGACGAGCGGCGAGAACGAGGAAUGCGUGCGACUGCAGAGAGACCAGCUCAAGGCGCAAAACGCCGAGCUGCAAAAUAAUAACCUUGAGCUACGGGCGGAGAUCGCGACCCUACACAUGCGGGUGGACGAACUCAUGGCGGAGAUACGUAGCCCGGCUCCACCCGAUGUCGAGGAGGUAGCUGAGCUAAAGCGGCGGAUCGCCAUUUUAGAGGCGCGCAGUUCACCAGUGGAGCGUGCAAGACCACUGCUCGCACACGAGCGGAGAGCUGGCACCCAGGUCAAGCCCCAGUCUGCCAAACAGAGUAAGCAGCCUGGCAAGCACGAUCAAACCCAGCCGACCACCCUGGCCAAGCUUCAUGUAGCUAAGCAAGCCAAGGCUCAGCAGCCGGUCCCUACCAAUCCACAGCCUGCCGUAGCGCGUACUGGAAGGGACCGAACGAAGAAGAAAGGCGUGAAUGCUGCCAAAGUGAUGCAGUACCCUCAGCCCUGCCCGCUGCCUCCGGUCCCAUCCAGCAUGGACGUAGCGUGGACGACAGUGGUUAAGCGGGGACAAAGAAAGACGAAGGAAGGACAAAGAAGCCCUCGGUAUGUCCAGGCAGUUGCCGCUCCCCGCGUAGAGGGUCCAGCGGUGAAGAUACGGAAGAACCGUCGAGGAGGAAGAUCCGGCAAGACACGCGCUCCGCGGUCGGCUGCAGUUGUUUUAGAAUUGCUGCCGGCCGCUAAAGACAAGGGUAUCACUUACGAAGAGGUGAUGGCCCGGGCGCGUGGUGGCGUGGAUAUUGACGCCAUCGGAGUGGAAGGCGGACUGAAGGUUCGACACACGGCUAACGGCGCUCGUUUGCUCGAAUGUCCCGGUGCUGACUCAGGAGCGGUUGCGGACCGACUUAUGGCCCGGCUCCGCGAGAUCUUGCCUGAUCCGGAGGUGGUGAGGAUCGACAGGCCUGUCAGAAUGGCGGAGAUCAAGGUGACGGGCCUGGACGAGUGCGCCACGAAAGAGGAGGUGGCUGCCGCUAUCGCAUUGCAGGGGAACUGUGCUCUUGCAAACGUCAAGGUGGGGGAGCUUCGGAGUACAUAUUCCGGAACUCGCUCUGUAUGGGCGCGGUGCCCCGUACAGACAGCCACCCUACUGGCUACGCCUGCACAGGGAAAGCCCGCUGACACGCCCGGUAGGCUACGCGUGGGGUGGGUCAUUGCCCACGUGCAGUUGCAGGAAGCUCGACCAUGGCGAUGCCUUCGAUGUUUCGGCACCGGGCACGGCCUCGCCAAGUGCUCGUCAGCUGUUGACCGCAGCGGACUAUGUUUCCGGUGCGGCCAAUCUGGGCACAAGGCCGCUUCCUGCACUGCCGCCAUGCCACACUGUGUAUUGUGCGACGCGGAGAAGCGGCGGGCCAACCACCGGCUGGCGAGUCAGUUCCCGCCGCGGUCCUAG